AUGGAAAUUUAGUUCACAGAUGAGAAAUUCGAAUAUCAUUUUAGCGAUUAGAUAUAUGAAAAUUUAAGAGUUAUUGAUGACCCUUCGAAAGUAAAGGAAUAUUUCAUCAACUUAAUGAGUGAUUUUAUAAAAGAUAAGGAAGUAAAAAUUGAGCCAUUGAGUAAUCCAAAUGAGUAUUUGGCAUAAGUGGGGAAUGGAGACUGCUAUUUAAUAGAAGAAAAUAGAAUUUAUAAAUGCAAUUCUUUUUAAGCCCUGAAAUCAAAAUAUUUGCAAAACUGUUCAACAGCUUUAAGUAAUUUGAUUGAUCUAACCUUAAAUAAGUGA